AAUCAAAGAGCCUUUACAUCACGGUGUGGCAGAGCGUGUUUUUCUCCCCUCUCCUGCUCCCAAACCUGGAAUGAAUCCCUCUCAAUGAUGCAAAGAAAACYCUCCGAAGUUUUCUGGAAUGGAUGCGUUUGCUUUUCAUUCGCUGCUUCUUGGAUUUACUGAGAACCACGGUCAGGAUCUGAGUCCAUGUGAGUUGUGACGAUUGAUGGGCAUCAGARGAGCAGCUCUGCCCAUCCUUGUGGCAUCCCUCUCUGCCUCAAGUGUUGCUCGGAUGAMACGGGGAGCAGGAUGUAUGGAAUAAACCAGCGCAGUUUUUACCUAUCUUUAAAUUUUUUUGUGYUGUGCUACAACGUUCAGGGGGAGAAUCACCCGUCUCCUAAUUUUAAGCAGUAUGUGAGGACGCAGGGCGCAGCGACGGACCAGCUGAGCCGCAGACAGGUCCGGGUCUACCAGCUGUACAGCCGCACCAGCGGGAAACACGUCCAGAUUCAGGACAAGAGAGUCACCGCCACCGCUGAGGAUGGAGACCUGUACGCUCGCUUGUUUGUUGAAACUGACACCUUUGGUAGUCGAGUGAGGAUAAAAGGUGCAGAAAGUGGACGUUAUCUCUGCAUGAACCGCAAGGGGAAACUCGUUGGAAAG